CAGGAGGACGUUUACUUUCUAGCUGUCAUUAAACGCAUAGAUUAAACCACCAUCAAAAUAAAGGAAAGAAGAAAAAAAAAACGAACAGAUUUGUUUCGGGUGAGGGUCGGCGUCAGUAAUAUGUCGUCUUGGGCGAAAUCCUCUGCAGCUGCACGGCGGCCACAGCCGAACCCAAAUGGAAGUGCGCAGCAGCUGCGGUUGUUCCGGAGGGCAGCACCGUACACCAACAGAGACGAGAGGACCGAGGAGCUUAAGGAUGCUCUGGACAGUUACGAAGAACUAGAGCAAAUGCAAAACUACAGUGGAAGCGUGAAGUACGAGGGGUACAAGCAUCAACCAAAUGCCAAACAAGAGAGCACUCCAGCAGACAGACGUAAAGCCAUGUAUCAGAAGUUCUACAGACAGGUGCAGGAGGAGAGGAAGCCGGCUGACUGCGUGGUCCUAUCUGUCACCAACCAGUGCCUGGAUUACCCCAAAUCGCUAGGCCAGUGCUUGCAGGAGCGUGGCCUAUCAGUGGAAAUGCUCUACCUUCAGGCGGAGUCGGGCCUGACCCGGGCCCUGCAGGAUGUGCGAGCAGACGGCUCCCCGUUAUGUAUUCUGGUGGAGCACACAAACGUAGCUCUGUCCUCCUGCACUGUUAUCAUAUUCUCAGAAUCCCUCAAAAUCCAUCGCAACAUGCCCAAAGACCAGGCCAUGGACUUUGUUGCAGCCGAAUACAGUCGCGGAUUCGUCAAAGAUCGCCCGGCAAGGGACCCCUCGGACAUUGCAGCGCAGGCGUCACAGCUGCUGGAUGAUUUUCUGGAUCGAGAAAAGAUCGGGCGUUACAGUGUUCCCUCCGAAACCCGUCAGCUCCUUGUGCUAUUGACAGAGGGGGUGCAUCUUUACCCCGAGGAGCUGGAAACCAUCACAGAAUACGUCCGUUCCCGGCAGGCGCAUGCACAAGCCUCCAGCACUGAAGGGGAGAGGGGGAACAUGUUACCUCCAGGACUGGGGAAACCACCUCCUCUGCUCCCUACUCCACCUGGGCCCCCUCAACCUCAGUCUGCAACUGGGGGAGUGGGGCCCAUGGGGAACCACUCACCACCUCCGCCAGUUCCUCUUUUGCCUUCACCAGGCUCCUAUCCAAAAACCAAACCUCCCCCACUGCUGUCCUUGCAUCGGCCUCCUUGUCCGUCACUAGGGCCGCAAUCAUCACGAGGCCCUCUUUCUUCACAUAGCCUUUACAGUGCCCCUGGUUUGCCUCGUGGGCCCCUGCUCCACCCUCCAUACCAUCCAGGCCCCAGGGGCCCCCAUGGAGCUAGAGGAACACCUCCCUCUCUGAAGAGUUCUCGCCCUCCACUUUUAUCUGCACCAGGUGGCCCUCUUCCACGACCGAGCGGCCCCCGACAUUAAGAAAAGACUUGAAAUAUACACACAAACAAACACACAGGCUACCAGUGCCAGCACUGCACUCUUGAGAAAAAGACUUCUGGCCCCUGCGUAGGACUCCUGUUUGGGAAAUUUCUCCUUUUUUAAAUAAAAUAGUAAACCAUUUUAAGUUGGAUGGAAAAGAUGGUUAAUGUCCAAUAUUAUUAUCUGAGGUUUAUUUGUUGGUGGAUUGACAGAGAGUGGCGGAGUGUUCUAAUGACUGUUCAUGUGUCUUUUUUUUAAAAGAUUUUUUCUGUCGGUGUAUAGUGCACAGUUCUUAUCCAGAGACAUCCCAUUAAAAACAUUGUUUUGGUCAAGGUCACACUGACAAGCUAUACAGCAUAAACACUUAAAGUCCGUGUAAAGUAAAAAUAAAUAUGUGUUCUGAGUUUGACAUACAACAGAAAAGUGUGUUGUUAACCACCCUGCCAAAUUUGAAUGAUUAAAAAAAUCGCCAAAUAUAUGAAAUUAGUCUUCAAAGUGUAAAAAUCAACCUUUUUCUCUGCUCCCAAACGCUGUGGGAGUGACCGCUAAGUACGCUGAAACCCCGCCCCCUACCAAGUGUCACCUGUCAAUCAAAGUCACCACCUCUACCAGAAACAUGGACGCUAGGUCUGAGAGCUUUCUGCUGCUAACUCGGCGGCUAGCUCGGUGGAUAACUCGGCGGCUAACUCAGCUAACUGGCUACCUGUAGACUGUAGUAGUAGUGUGCGCUGAAUGCAUUUAUACCUACAGCAGCAGGGGCGGGUUUAUGCUCCGGUGUGUAACCGUGCUAUUGGUUAACACUGCCGGUUUGCGUAACGCAGCGGUGAUUUUAAGAACCGCCCAUUAAAUCCAGACACAGAAAUCUUGAAACACAUUUUGUGAAGCCGAGCUCCACAAUUCAAAUCUAAAUGGUUGAAAUGCUUUUUACACCUUUUUUAGAAAUACAUUUAUGACCUGUGUUUAGAAGAAAAUGUCUGAAUUCACUUUACACAGUCUUUAACAUCUAACUUGUUAAGCUGA